GCAUCGAUGUCAUACAAGUAGCCGAACGACAAGUACUCUCCUCCGCCGCCAUUGUGGGCAUAGCUGUGGGCGGUGUAUUACUGCUGCUCUUCAUCAUUGACCUCUUGUGCUGUGUAACGGUACGCAUGGGCGUCAUGGCAACAAUGUGUCGGCGUGCGAAACGUUCGCCAUCCGAAAUCGAUGACGAAGCGAAAUUGGGCAGUGGGCAAUUGGUUAAGGAGCCUCCACCAUCACCGCUACCAUUACCGCCACCAGUUAAACUGGGUGGAUCACCAAUGACAUCGCCAUUAGACGAAAAGCAACCGCUGCAAACUCCAACGGGUAGUGUAAAACAAAAUUCCACCGUCGAAUUUGAUGGCCAAUUUGUGCACUCGCGCAGCGGUGAAAUACUUGGCAAGAAUUCCGCGGUAUGAAUGACACUUGAAGUAUUUUAAAUGUUGAACAAAAAGCCACCAAAAGGACAAAUUAGCUGGGAACACCGAAAAUAAUGCGAAAUAAGGAAAUAAAGCAAACAAAAUUUAAAGUCUAAACAUGUCAAGCAACUUCAUUUCUUCAAGAUGACAGCUGCAUGCAACA